CUGGCGGCGGCGCCGGGCCCGCCGCGCGCACCAAGAUGGCGGCGCGGCGGUGGCGGCGCGCCUUGCGCGGGCUCUGCGGGGCCGCGCUGUUCCUCUCGCAGCUCUCCGUCCUCUCGGGCCGCGCGGGAUCUUUGGUGACAACAAAGCUUUCACAGCCGCAGUCCACAGUGGCAAAAAGCCUAACUUCAACAAGUACAAAUGCUCCCUCUUUGAAAGCAUUAGAAAGUACAGAAAUUCCACCUUACCUGACUAACUGUCCCAGCAACGGGCUUUGCAGUAGAUUGCCACCAGACUGCAUGACGUGUAACACAAACUAUUCCUGUAUAUACGGAAAGACAGCAACCUUUGACUGCAAAGUCAAGCCGCAUGUUCAUUGUGUUGAUGAGAAUAACCACGAGCAGGAGAACUUUACAAUUAACAUGACGUGCCAGUUUUGCUGGCAGCUUGCCACAAGUGAUUAUGUCUGUACCAAUUCCACAAACUGCAUGACAGUUUCCUGCCCUCGACAGCGAUACAAUGCAACUUGCACAGUCCGGGAUCACAUUCAUUGUCUAGGUAACCGUGUCUUUCCUAAGAUGCUCUAUUGCAACUGGACUGGAGGUUAUAAGUGGUCUACUGCCUUGGCACUAAGCAUCACCCUUGGUGGAUUUGGUGCUGAUCGUUUCUAUUUGGGUCAGUGGCGGGAAGGUCUGGGAAAACUCUUCAGCUUCGGUGGACUUGGAAUAUGGACACUAAUCGAUGUGCUGCUAAUAGGUGUUGGCUAUGUGGGACCUGCAGAUGGAUCUCUCUAUAUUUAAAUGUGGGUGCAGUGUGUUUCAGAGAGGAGUCAUUGCCUGCAAAGGGCUCUAAAUAAACAAGUGUGGAGAUUUGAGCCUUUAAGGUAGAAUGAAGAACAACUGUUUGUUCUGUGUGUAUACAUUUUAAUGUACAGUAUCUGUACUUGGUUUGCCUUUAACUAAGGUCAAAUAAAAGAGUGGAUCACCGAGUAAGUUGAAAUUGAUUUAAUUUCUUCUAUGGACAUGAUAUUUUUCUAUGAAAAAAAAGUUGGGCAGCUAACCAAAUUCUCCACUGUGCUUGAGCUUGGAUGAUUUGUCAGGCCCCCAAAGAGCUGUAAACUAACUUGAAUUCUGAAUUGUUUACUUCAUAUUUCUAUGCUUGAAUUUAACUCUAAAGCUAACUUCUCUAAAUAUGUCUGUAUUUUAUUUUAUUUGUGGGAGGAUAAUUUAUUUGCCUGAGUUACGUUGGUAGUAUGUAAAUCACCAUGUUUUAUGAUGUUAAUUACAUUAUGUUCUUGGUUUGGGACAUAGCAAGAGCCAAUAUCUGCUUAGGGGCUCGACUUUAGAUUGUGGGAGAGCUUAGAAUUAGACUGCAGUAUCUAAAUGCUAAAUAUGAAAUAAUUGAAAUGGAUUUUUUUGGAUUGUUCUGGAAUAACUUUGUUUUGGUUGGGUUUGACCAGCAUAUCUGUGAAAGUUACAGUUCCUAUUAUUGUGCUAGCAAGCUUGCCAAAUUUCUUUAAAGAGGGUUGGCAAUAUAAUCGAUGAGUUUAUCCACUUAGGACUUUGUGACGCGAUGAUGUAGCGGACUAGUGCCAUUACGGGACAGCUUUGUGUAGUCGCGGUGGAUGCCCGGCCGUGCGUGCCCCUGGCUCGGGGCUGGAGCUGCUGUAGCGCUGCGGUGCUGUCGGGCUGGAAACGCUAUGGCUUCAAUAAAGUGCCCCUUGAAUGCUG